AUGCGCUUCCUCCCACUGAUAGCAGGAGCGCUCUCCCUGGUCGCGGCUCACGACCCGCGUUCGGCGCAGGCGCCGCUGGCCGCCGGCACGCCGAUCGCGCCAAAGGUCCUCAUAGUGUCCAUGUUCGCGCCGGAGGACGUAUGGAGCGAUCGGCUUGGCUUGACGCACAACUAUACCCUCCCGCUAUUGCACCCGCACUUCCCAGCAGUGCACUGCGACGCGGCCGGCGAUGUGUGCCAGGUUACCACGGCGAUGGGGGAGAUCAACGCCGCCGUGACUAUUACCGCACUGCUCCUGAGUCCGGUGUUUGACCUGACCAAAUCGUACUUCUUCUUUGCUGGCAUCGCCGGUGUCGACCCACACUACGGCACCACCGGUUCGGCGGCCCUCGCACGUUUCGCGGUCCAAGUAGCCCUCGCGUACGAGAUCGACCCCCGGGAGGCGCCGGAACACUGGGAGACGGGAUACUUCCUCCAGGGGACGAGCGAGCCAAACACCAUUGAGGGUGUCUUGGCGUACGGGACUGAGGUGUACGAGCUGAACACCAACCUCCGCGAUCGCGUCCGCGGGUUCGCCGCCAAUGUCACCUUGAAGGACAGUGACGCCGCGGAGUCGUUCCGCUCCAAGUUUGACUAUGCGCCUGCCAACGAGCCCCCAGCCCUCUUCUACGGCGACGUGGCGACCACCGACGUCUUCUUUUCGGGCCACCGCCUCACCGCAGCCUUUGCGAAUAUCACAUCCUUGUGGACCAAGGGCCAGGGCACGUACGCGCUCUCGGCGCAAGAAGACAACGCGAGCUUUGAGGCGCUGCUCCGUGCCCACCGUAUCGGUCUGGCUGACUUUUCGCGCGCGAUCCUCCUCCGCACCGCGUCCAACUUUGACCGCCCGCCGCCGGGGUUGGACGCACUCACCGCCAUGCGUCUGACCGACUCGGGCGGUUUCGUGCCCAGCGUCGAGAACCUGUUCGCCGUGGGCAACCCCAUUGUCCAGGGCAUCUUGGAUAACUGGGCCGAGUUUGCCCCCGGUGUUCCCGUACAAGAUGGCUGGUUGCACGCCGGGGACGGCGCCGGCGCGACUCUGUGGGCCAAUCACGCGGCCGACCAUGUGGCAUAG